AUGUCUCUUAACUUAGACUCGCCUGUUGGAAGCUCGCCUCCAGCGGAUGGAAGCCCAGUAAGGCCGGUAACGCCUAGCCAAGCGGUUUCAAUAUCCAAGAAGCCAACGAUCUCCAGAGUGGCUGGUGCUAAUGAGGAGGGCUCGGUGAAGGAGUUUCAGAUGUUCAUCACAAUUGUCCUAACAAUCUCAAUCUUCGGCGCUUCUACUUUUGCCAUCAUAGCAGGUCAAAUGCAAGAUCCGGCGGAACUCUGGAAACCUGCGCCCCCGCCAUUCAGCCUUGCCACUGUUCGGCGUUUCCUCGCAGCGGCAUGGUUAUGCUUCAUUCUCACCAUUGCUAUUGCUGGAUAUAGCUCAAGCGUCCUCAUCAUUCUGCGGCAGAGGGCUGAGCGGUUCAACGACCACACAUGGCAUACGCACUGGGACAUCUUGGGCAUCGCCUCAUCUAUCAUGCUUCAUGUUCUCCUCGUUCUCGCCUUUCUGUUUCUAUCGCUGGGGAUGGUGGCGUAUGUUGGCACGAUUGGGUGGAUUGCUGUGGGCUUCUCCUGUCUUGCCGGCACGUUUGUGGUCGGUUUGUCAAUCUUCCAAUGCAUGUGA